AUGGAGAAGCUACCUAUUCAUACAGGUGAAACACAUGGUGCUUCCCAAGAGCCCAAAUGGCUGGCUCCACAGACUCGUCCACGCAGAGCCAUUUUCUUGAGACGCCUCUUUAUCGUUUUCUGCUUUUUGGCCGGAUAUUAUAUGCUGAUUAGACCACGUCCCACACUGUGCAUAUCACCGGCUUGUUCACCAUGCGAUACUCCUGGCUGCUUAGCUCCAGGUCAGCACAAAGACCACUCUACAGCUUUGGCUACUCAGAACAACGGACAUGAGCAGUCUGAACGGCCUGGAAUGAACCAACUCCCUAUCACCAGCGAAUCAAAUGAACAAACGAGAAUUCCCCUUGAGGUCCAUAUCAUGAGCAAAUGCCCAGAUGCUCAAGGCUGUUUGCAUAAGCUAGUCCUGCCAGCUAUGGAGCAGAUUAGUGACAAGGUCGACUUUCGGCUUUCUUUCAUUGCCAGUGUUUCCAGAGAUACAUCCGACAUUCAGUGCAUGCAUGGCCCUGCUGAAUGUAUCGGUGACAUGCUCAUGCUCUGUGCCGCCAAUCUACCCUUCCCUCCUGCAGCCAACAAAUCGGUCCUCCCUUCAGCAUACCCUCGCACACCUAUCAUCCGGUCACUUGGCUUUGCAAACUGCCUCAUUAAUGACUAUACUCGUAUCCCGGAUCGAGGUCUCGUUCACCAGUGUGCAUUAGAGCAUGGUAUUGAUUUCGACGCAUUGAAUCAAUGUGCAAGCCAGCAGAGUGACGCCCCCGACGAUGGCCAACGGGGCAAAACUCCUCUUAGUGGUAUUGCGCUGCUACGACAAAAUGCCCUACAUAGCGAGAGACUCGACGUUCAUACUAGCUGCACCGUGCGGUUAGAUGAAUCAAUCUGGUGCAUCCACGAUGGCGGGCAUUGGAAGAAUUGUACUCAGAAUGGCGAGGGCAGCAAGCCCCAGGUUCUGGCUAAUGAGAUCAAGAGGCUCUGGGAGGAAAGGAACUAG